UUGAUUUUUUUUUUUUUUUUUUUACUGUGGCGCAAUGUGUCCUAAAACUUUUCAUCACCCAGACCCGGAAUAAACUUAAUACGUGAUUGUAUUUGCCAUUCAACAUCAAAACCUUCGAAACCCUGAAAGGCUUUUUUUUCACUUUCUCAGUUUUGUCUAUUGUGUCUGUGGUGAAUGAAGGCCUUCCUGUUGCCUAGUAACCGCGCGCGCAUGUUGAAAGCGGGGGGCUGAAAACAAAGUAUGAAACAGGCCGCGACGUGACACAAUGCCGAGAUAUGUGUCAACAUUUAUCAUAUCGCGCUUGAUGGGUCAAAAAUAAAAUAAAUAUCAUUCAUGGCUGAACGUUCUGCGGUUUAGCAUGGAAUAAUAUGUUUCUUGAGAGAUGCCUGACAUAAAGUUACUCAAGUUUCCUUCAAGUGAAGAAGCAUUCUUACAAGAGCCGGGAGAGCUGAAGACGGUUUGCUCCAGUAGGCGUCGCAGCUGUGCUCUGGUUAACACUCCAACACCAUGUGUGAACAAAGCAGUUUGUCACAUCCAGGAACUGCAAACCAAACUGGAAAAGUGGGGCCAACAGGGUGAUAAUGCUCAGCAUGAAACUGCACAUGAAAACAACCACAGUAUCAUUUGGAAAUGUGUUUCUACUGAAGGCAAAAAUGCAGUAGGAAGCACAGAGCUGCAUAUUGAAGGCAUGGGGUUUUGUGUACAAGAGAGUGGGGUGUUGACUUCCCUCUGGAUGGGGGCCACAGAUGUCCUGAUGGAGGUGAUGAGUUUGGUCGAGCGUCUUGAUUUGGAUCGGAGAGAAGCAGAGAAGGCUCUACAGGAAGAAAAGGAGAAAGCAAAGAAACUUUUGGAGAGACUGGAAAGUCUCUGUCUCUGGAAGCAGAAUGAGUUUCCCAUUGCAAUGCAGAAAGAGCGUGAAGCCUGCAGUACAGACAUCGCUGAGCUGACGUGGCAACUGAAAAUGAGGAGAGAUCAGCUGCCACAAGUGAGAGACAGGCUGACCCACACGGAGGUGCUGAACCGACGUCUGAAGGAGGAUAUUGAUUUCAUGAGGAAACACGGGCCGCUCGUGCACGAGAGACUCCAGCUGGAGAGUGAAAUCAUGAAGCAGAUCCAAACAGCACAAAGUGAGACCAAUGAGACGUUUUCAAACAUCUCUUACAAGCUAAAGAGCCUUCAGGAUGAGUUUAAAAAGGAGGAAUUCAGAGCAGACAUUGAGAAUGAAGAAAUGAACAAAGAAAUGGAAACGAUCAGAAAUCAACUAAGUGGCAAACUGAGUGAGUUAUGCCAGCUGCAGUCACAGUGUGAGGUGUUUCACAGAAAAAUUAAAGAGUCGGUAGAAAAACUAACAUUGAGAGACGGCCAAAUCAAAGCCUUGGUGAAAGAGACACACCAGUUUGAGAGGCAGGAAACAGACGUAAAUGAUGAAGUCAGAACAUUAAAAGCAGAAAUUGAUGAUAAAGAAGAGAUAUUGAUGUUAAAGAAGGAGGAAAUAAUGCAGCUUCAAAACCAAAUACAAACAUCUAAACUUGAAGGUGAUGAAAAGGUGUCUGAAUUGGAUGCAAUCUCAAGCCAAAAGCGACGUGAAUUAUCAACCCUGCGAGACAAAAACCAAGAGCUAACCUUGGAAAUGGAAGACUUCAAGAGAAUGACCUACCAAAGGAUCGGGAUUUUACAUUGGACAUCAAGCGCCAACCCUAACCCAGUGCCAAAAUUGUUUAGCGUUCCAAAAAUACCUUAUCCAACUUAUUUUGGAAUACAGAACGAACAGGCAGUGAAACAGUUACUGAUGGAUCAUGAGCACAUCCUGCUCAAGAUCAGUGCGAGUGAGAAGCAGUGGAAACCGCUCAAAGACGAGCUCGAACGGGUGUCCGCUGAACAUUCAGACACCAAAGCCAAGCUGGACCAGCUGGAGCGCCAAACCUUUCUGGAGGAGCUGAGGAACAGGAAACAGGUGGACAAUAUGAAGACCUUGAUAAUGACUGAAAUGACCACAUUAGAUAUUCUCAAGGGUAAUAUGGAUGCAGAGGCAGAUGAAUAUAAUCGUGAAAAAGCUGACUGUGAGAGGGUGAAAGAUGAACUACAGAAAAAGUAUGAAGGUACUUUCUCCACAACCUCUCAGCUGGAGACAGAGGUGGAGCGACUGAGACAGAUAUAUACAGAGAAAUCUGAGGUAAAUCUGAGCAGCAUAAUAAAUGUCACUGGAUCGUCUUUCAAGUAUUGGCUUAUUUCAGUUGCCAACUGCAAAACAAUUGAAAAGUUAGAAGCAAAACUAAAUGACCUACAAACUGCACAAAGAAGCCUCUCUGAUGAUUUUGAAGGAAGAAAGAAACACCAUCAGGAAUGUCUGAAUUCUGUGAAGGAAAGACUUAGUGUGGUCUUAUUGAGGUAUGAGGAGAUUACAAAUCGGAUCAAGGAGCUCGACCUGAAGUCUAAGGAGUUAAAGCAAGAAUCAGACGUGAUGGAGCAAACCGUCAGCACUAUGCCAGAUGUUAUAGAGGAGCUACAGUGUUUGUCAAACACUUUGUCAUUCAAACAUGGGACAGCCACGGUAGUGAUGGGUAACGUGCAAAGGGAUAUAGCUUCCUGCGAACAGAGGAAGUCUCAACACGCACAGAUUCAUUCAGCACUGUUCACUCAACGCCAGGCUGUCAUGAAGGACACAGAGGUUAAUCUACAGAAAGCGCUAAAAGACAAUCUGAAGUUAGCGCAAGAGUACCGAAAACUGCAGAGAGCUCUAAUGAUUGCCAGACAAGAAGCCGUUUGUGUUUUUGACAGAAGAAACAGAGCUGAGGCCUUCGUCCAAGAUCACAAGCAGCUUUCUUUGUUGCAGAAGAGGAUGCACAAAGCCAUGCUAAAAUACUUCAAACACCGCAGCGUCUACAGCCAGGCAGAGCUGGCCCGCUUCCAGACCCUCUCCAACCAGAACAACCAGAAAAUGAAAGCCCUCCAGGAGGAGUUGUCAAAUGCAAUCCAGCGCCUCUCUGAGUUCCUGCUCUCGCUGACAGAUGACUCAACUACCAGCCAUGUCCCGCAGCAAGCAAACAGACCCAUCGCAGAUGCCGGCGGAUCGAGCAGGAAGAUGCCUACAGUUCAGAUAGCGGAGUAAUUGGACGCUCACCUGUGCCAGACAACUUACUUAAACCCCCAGCAUGCUUCACUCUCUCCCUUGUCCGACGCUCACGGCCCAAUCCAUAACAAUGAAGCAGGUGACUUUCAUGCUACUGUCAGGAAUGAUCUAAUUUUAGCGGGGUGAAUGAUUGCAAUUGGCUUUGCCUCAUCAGAUAAUUAAUCUAUGUCACCAUUAAUUGGAAAAGAGAAUAAUUAGGGGGCUGUGUUGACAGAAAUUCUACGCUUCUCUAGAUUCUUGGAUCUAAUUACACCUACUUAAACCCCUCUGACCUUAACUAGCGGAUAGUAUACCUGUGUAACCCUAACCAGGCUCGGGUUGGUCUCGACCGCCUCUCGCUCUGCGUCCUUUGUCAUUUUUUCCCUCCUUUUUGGCUUGUUUAUCCUCUCUUUUCCUGUCUCCUCAGAGAGCUGUCUCCCUCAAUCACUUUUCAAUAUUCAAUCUUAAUUUUGUGGAAGUUUAGCAUUUUCAAUGAGCUGGAGAUGAAUGAUUAAUGAAUAAAUUUGAAUGCUUCA